AUGGCCGAAGAGAAUCAUCAUAAUGUAUUGGCUACUUCGGACAAUGAUGAGAAGAAGAUUAUUCGUCGGGAAAUUGAAAGAAAAAGGAGGAAGCAAAUGUCUAUUCUAUGUUCAUCACUCCGGUCUUCACUCCCUUUUGAACUCAUCAAGGGAAAGCGUUCGGUUUCAGAACACAUAGGCGAGGCUGCAAAUUAUGUCCAAUUUAUGAAGCAGAAGAUUGAUGCACUCCAAAUCAAAAGAGAUAGGCUCAAACAGAUGGUUAAUUUAAGUUUGGUUGAAACUGGAAUUGAAAGUUCAGAUCAUUCAAGUGUACUGGUGAAGUGUGUCAACAUCAAUCUCAUUCCAGGCGGUGUGGAAAUAGCACUAUGUAGUGGUUUCGAGGAGAACAAUUCACGUUUAUCAGAUUUGAUGGAAAUAUUGCUUCAAGAAGGAUGUGAUGUUGUUAGCUAUGUUUCGACCAAAGUUAAUGGGAGAAUAUUUCAUACCAUUAAAUCUGAGGUGGAGGAGUUGAAACGCCUUGAUCUUGCUAGGCUGCAACACAAACUGGAUCAUGCAAUCUUGUUGUCAGGGUAA